GCGGCCGAGCGGCGGCACCACCCCCGCGGACCCCGGGAAGGCGCGGCGCGGCGCGGGCGGGUGGGCCCGGCGAGCCCCGGGGCGACGGGGGAGGAGGGCGGGCCCGGCCGCCGCCGUACUCACACUCGGGGCAGCUGCAGCGGCGGCGCCCCCCGCCUCUGGAACACGCCGUCCACGAAGACGCCGUUCUUGCCGAGGCAGCGCAGGUAGAAGUCUCCCCCGCCGCCGCCGGCAGCCGCGGGGUCCCCCUGAGCGGGAGGCGGCGGCCCGUCCGCUCCGGCCGGUGGCGGCGGCGGGGGCGCGGCGGUGAAGAUCUCCAGGUGGCGCCGGGAGAUGAAGCUGGAGUGGCCCAUGCUCACGUCCACCGAGCCCUGCGACGAGUUGCGGCCGAUGGUCACCGAGCGCUUCUUCAUGAGGUACUCGAACUCCCGGCCCUCCAGCCGCGCCACGGCCGCCGCCGCCGCCGCCAUCUUAGCGAGCGAGGGAGCGGGGCCGCCCUCCGCUGCGCCCCUCCGCCCGCACCGGCCCCGCAGCCGCAGCCGCCGCCAGACACAGGCAGGGAAGGGGCCGCCGCUCAACCCAACCUGACGCACUCCGCCGCUCGCUGACGGACGGCGGCGCCGGGCCAAUGCGCGGCCCGCACGCCCAUGGGGCUAUGGCGGCGCGGCCAAUGGCGAGAGGCGCCGCGGCCGGCGCCGCGCAGCACGUUCGAGUGUCGGGCGCGGAGAGCACGGGAAAGGCCCGGAAAACGCGGAGCAGAUCCGCGCGCCGGGAGCGGAGCGACCCUCGGCCGCCGCGCCGGGGGCAGCCGCGCCGGGGGAACGCGGCCCCGAGCCCCGGGCCGGGAGGGGAGCGCGGCCGGGCGGCGCGGAGCGCGCUCUCUCAGCGCGGCGGGGCUCGGGUGACUGCCAUCUUCCCCCCGCAACCCCUGCUCGCCCCAGGCCCGGGCCGCCGGCGCAGCCCCCGCGGCUCCGACACCUGCGCUGGGCCCGAACGCCGCCGCCCGCUGCCCUCGGCCGCUCCGCGUGGGGCAGCGCCCGUGCCGGGCCCCGCAGCGAGGCCGCUGCCCCGCCCGCAGAGGCUCCCGGAGCGCUCCGACGUGUUUUCCAGACGGCAGCCGGGGCACAUGCCAUGCGCUAGCGUUACUUUCAGAAACGGCAGCGAGCACGGGUAAUAACAAUAAUAAAUAAACGGAAGUACCCAAACAUUGCUGCAGGGUGGGUUAUCGCUUGGAAAGCAGCGAUUGAGGCUAAAUUUGAAAAAUAUCACAAAAACGGGUGGUGGUGGUGGGGGUAAGGUUUGAUAAACCAAACGUAUUUGAAAGCCUUGUAAAUAUUAGCUUAAAGGAAAGGUCACAGCGUGUACAAUUUAUAACAUCCACAUAAUACAACCACCGCGCUUUAAAAGUUUCAGGCAAGUCGCUGUGCUGGUAACAAAUGCAGUCCACCUGCCACAGCCCUAGUUUCUCCUAAGAAGUAGGGCACAAAAAAGCAAGCAAGUGAUCUGACACGACAAAACAGAAUUAGACACCGCUUGCUGUAACAGUAUGUUAGAUCCAUCCCUGAGGGUCACAGUACAGCGCACAGAAAAUGUCACAGAGAGAAGUAGGAAAAAAUGACCACGAAUCCACACGAGCAGCUUUUAGUUUAAAAUACUGCAGAUUAGCAAACAGAAGACAUUAACUGUACUCAAAUGUAGCGUCUGCAUUGUGAACUGUUUACCUCAUGAAGACCCCCUCGGAAUGUUUGCACGCUCCUGUUACAGAGACCAGGCACUGUCAGAACUGAGAAGUAAAUGAUGUGUUUGCCACUGUUCUCUUUUCAUUUUUUUCUUUAAGCACUACUGAAGUUCACCAUCAUUUAUUAACUCAAAGGACAUACAGAUGUUUCCUUCAGCGGUACACGUAUGCUCUGCGGGCACUGGAAAUAAUUACUGGAAACAUUUUAAUACUCAAAACCAAUCAACUCAGUAAUAAACAUCCAGUGCUAAAUUUGAAACCCAAA